AUUCGAGAAAUUGUAACUCGCCAUAUAUCCAGUCAUGCAAAACAGGAUGUAUAUUAUCAUCCACCAUAUGGCAAGAAGCUGCGAUCAUUAGUGGAAAUUGGAAAGUACUUGAAUCAAGAAAACAUGACUGCUUUGCUGACAGUGGACAACUUCACCUUCUUUGCGGAACCUCUAGGUUAUGGAGAGCCCUUCGAAGUCACCCGAGGAGCAAUUAUGAGGUCACCAUUUGCCUCAAAAACAAAUGGUAGUCCCAAAAAGGAACCAAAUUUGACUCCAAAGAAAGGAUAUCACAUAACGAAAUCAAAACCUACACCAAAAACCAAAACGAAACCCAAGACAAAGGCUAAAUCAGCCAAGCAAAAGUCAGUGGAGAAAGUGGCUAAACCAGCUCAGGUGGCAGAAUCUUCUGAUGAAGAAUAUCAAGUGAUCACAGAAAUUGCAGAAAGCGAUGAGAGUGUAGCCUUACAUUUAGCAGAGACUGACACUUUGGAAAUUGGUCACCAGGCUGAAGCAGUAGUUAAAAAUACUGAAGUACAAAUCAAGAAGAAAAUAACACAUGGCAGUAGACAAGGAAAUAUGUUUAGUAGUCCAGAAAGAAAUUAUCUUUACCAGGAAAUAAAAAAUGCAAAGUGCAGUGCCAUUACUCAGAGUAUGGUGGUUGCUCCUGGUAGUGUCAUUGAGAGCUAUAUUACCAGAACUGGAAGCCCCAAACGAAUCAGGAUAACAGCUGAAAACAAGAAUGGAAAUAGCUCAAUGAACAAGAAGAUGGCAGAGCAUUUCCAAAAUGUACAAAAGCCAGUAGACUCUCAGGAAGAUCAACUAUCACCAAAGGAAAAUCAUUCCCUAAAGGUUAAUGAAACACAUGAAGAAGAACAUAGUAACCAGCAUGAAACAGAAGAAAUUAGUAGGAGUAGGCAUAAUAAUUAUAUUUCCCUCAGCCCUCUGGGUAUAAGUGUUAGAGAUGAACAUAACGAGGUUAGUGAAACAGCAGCUCAUAAAAUAUCAAAAACAAAGAGAAUAGAGAAGAAUAUGAAUGGUACACAGUUAACAGGAAAGGAGAAGCUAGGUGUCCAAACGAACAAAAUAAAUAAAGAAAAAACUUUGCCCAGCGAAGUAUUGUUUGUAGCAUCAGGAAUCCUAGAAAACUUUGAGGAAGACCAUGCUAAAGCAACAGAACUUUCAAGUAACACUUUGUCAACGAUCUUACCUACAUUGCAUAUUAAAGAAGAGCCAGUAGAAAAUGAGUUCCUUCCUGUCAUAUCCAGUGUAAAAAGUGGGAAGGAAGUAGAAGAAAUGUUAGAGACUUCUGAGGAGCCCAUCAGACUGUGGCUUGAUCAAAUUCCAAAUCCACAGAAAGCACAAAGAGGAACAGCAAUUGGAGCUCAGCCAAGAAGUGCUAACAGUUACCGAACAAAUGGGCAAAAGACAGAUAAGACAACAGUAGUUUCUAGAAUACAGCUUAAAACAAAUUUUCUAGGCUCAACCAAUAUUGUUAAAGAACAAAAUUUUGUUCCACAGAAUGACCAAUCUACACCAACAGUACCAUUCCGGGUUAGUUCUAUAAAAAAAGGACCUAGCUCUAUGCAGAACCCAGCCACUACUUCUGACUCCAUGCAGAAUCCAGUCACUAUUACAGAUUCUAUGCAGAAUUUUGCCCAGCUAAUAACCAUCAAGAGCAAACAGUCUGCCACGUUGCCAUUAAAUCCAAACCAACCCGGCACAGCAGAUACACAGGUACAACAAACGCAUCUGAAUUCCUUUGCUCAUGUUCCUGGAACCUCUGUUGCAUCUAGGAUUUAUCCCUCAUUAGCUUCAUUUACUCCUCAAAUAGUCAUCAAUGCUAAACAACCUCCAGAUCCUCAGUCUGCCUCCUUCCUGUUGAAACCAAAUCAUUCAGAUGCAGCAUAUUUACAGCUUUCUAACACACCUCUGCACUCUGUUGCUUCUCGUGUGCCUGGAAAUCCAGUUGUUUCUUUGCCUUCAUUUUCUCCUCUAGCUAUCAGCACAAAACCACCUCCAAUCUCUCACUCAGCCAACCUACCACUAAAUCCAAACAAGUCACAUGCAGCUGAUAAACAAGCACGUUACACGCCACUGUACUCAUUGGACCCCAAUAAACCAGUGACUUCUGUUGCUUAUCAGAUAUGUUUACAGCAUAUGUGGUACUUUUAUAUUUAUAUUAGAAAUGCGUUUCAGAACCAUUUAGCUUUUAGUAUGUCUGCAGUCCCAUGUACACAGGUUGUUAAGUAUUUAUGUUCUUUAACAUUAUAUUGUCAUUUAAAUCAUCAACUUAGAGUAUCAGAGUUAAACUUGUGCUCUCCUCCUUCACUUGGAUAUAAGAGAUUGGAUUACUACUAA